UUCUUCUUUUUCUCCUCUUUCUUCUGCUCCUUUUUCUCCUUAUUGCUCUUCUGUCUCUCUCUGUCUCUUGUUUUUGCUGUACUUAAUGAUGAAUUUUUCAACUGUCUCGACAUUUGUUCUACUUGGAUUCGGAGGGGGUCCAGGGAUGCAGGCAAUACUAUUUCUGAUCUUUUUGAUCUUGUAUGUCUCAUCUGUGGUUGGGAACUUUGGCAUGAUCUUAAUUAUCAAGGUGUACUCCCACCUCCACACCCCGAUGUACGUCUUCCUCCAAAGCCUUUCCUUGUUGGACAUCUGCUAUUGUUCCACAAUUGCACCUCGGGCUCUGGUGAACUUCUUGCAGAAAGACCACACGGUUUCCUUUGGUGGGUGUGCAGCACAAUUUUUCUUCCUGUCUCUUUUCGGUACCACAGAGGCCUUCCUCCUGGCUGCUAUGGCCUAUGACCGCUACAUCGCCAUCUGUAACCCCCUACAAUACUCUGUGAGUAUGUCUCACCAAGUCUGUGUAUGCUUAGUGGUGGGGUCCUACUUAUGGGGUUUAGUGAAUGCUGUCACUCAAACGACAAUGACUUUCACAUUGCCCUUUUGUGGUUCCAAUGAGAUCAAUGACUUUUUCUGUGACGUACCUCCACUCUUGUCCCUCUCAUGCUCAGAUACGUUUAUAAACCAAUUGGUUCUUCUUGGUUUAUGUGGCUCCAUUAUUGUCAGUACAUUCCUGAUUGUAUUGGUCUCAUACAUCUGCAUCAUAUCAGCAAUUCUGAGGAUCCAUACUGUGCAGGGACGCCAAAAAGCUUUCUCCACCUGUGCCUCCCACCUCACUGGGGUGUGCUUGUUUUUUGGUACUGUUUUCUUCAUGUAUGCACAACCCAGUGCCACCUUCACCAUGGAUCAGAGUAAAGUGGUGUCCAUCUUUUACACUAUCGUCAUCCCCAUGUUGAACCCCCUGAUAUACAGCCUGAGGAACAAAGAUGUCAAACAAGCUCUGAGGAGCAGCAGGCAGAAGCUCUCUUUGUGAUUCCUGUGGCUGUGAAUCUCUUAAACUGUACUGGACUUCUCUGGAAAUCACUGCUACUAAAUGGAUUAUGUUUUUCAAAUCUGCCAUUCAUGAGUUUUUUUAGUUUAACUAUUGAAGUCUGUGAUCUAGAAGGUAGAGUGUAUUUUAAUUAUAUUUAUAUGUCCACCGACAAACAGAAAUCUAGAACUUAUGCUAAAUAAAGUGUUGUAAACUGGAAAAACAGAUGAUUGAAUGGAUACAAACU